AUGGAUCUUCCUUUCGAGAAUUCUCUUACAUUAGAGUUAUUUAAUGAACCUUUAACACAAAAUUUAGUUUCAGAAUCAGUUACCUCCCUCAAAUUGCCAGUAUAUAACCAAAUGAUUCUUCCGAAUUCUAUUCCAUUAAAUGUAACAUCAAUCUCAUUACCAUCUCACAACCACAUCAUUAUUCCAGAAUCUAUUCCUUCAUCAGUUACAUCACUAUCAUUACCAUCAUACAACCAAAUUAUUAUUCCAAAUUCAAUUCCAAAAUCAAUAAAAUCACUUAUAUUAGAAUCAUUUAAUCAAAAUAUUAUACCCCACUCAUUACCUAACUCAAUAUUCUUACUUUCAUUACCAUCCUAUAAUUUACCUCUGGUCUCCAGUUUGAGUACAUCAUCAAUUACAUCCCUAUCGCUAAAAUCAUUUAAUCAACCUCUUGUACCAAACUCAAUUCCAUCAUCAGUAACGUUCCUCUCAUUAUCUUCAUUUAAUCAUCCUCUUAAACCAAAUGUAAUUCCACAAUCAGUUAAAUAUCUAAAACUGUCAUCAUACAAUCAAAUCAUUACACCUUAUUCAAUACCAUCAUCCGUUGAAUACCUUGUAUUAUCAUCCUAUAACCAACCAAUUACACCAAAUUCAAUUUUAGAAGAAAUUAUUCCACAAAAUACACAUACACUGGAUCUUGGUUCCUAUAAACAUGUAGAAUCAUUAUCCAAUCUUCCAUCAUCCAUUAUAAACCUUUCAUUAGAUGCAACCGAUUGUCUUUUUUCAAACGAUGAAAUCAAAGCAAUCAUUCCAAAAACUAUCUUUAAUAUAAAUUUAAAAAGAAAAUAA